CAUCAAGUCUCUGUUUUUAUUUAUAAGCUCGUAGACAAAGAAAUGCAAUCGAACAUGGAUUUCUAUCCCAGCUAUUACAAGGUCGGACAAUCAUGCUGCUUCCACUUUCGAUUGUAGAAUGUCAUCUUUUGUUUGCUUCUUUGGGACUCUGCUGUAUUACCACCUAUCCCCCCCCGUUUUAUUUAUUUACUAUGCAUCGCAGCGGGUGUUAUGAUACUUCUCACGAGGAUUCCCAACAUGACCGAUUUAAAUGGCGGUAUAUCAUGGAAGUCUUAAAAAAUGGGCACUCACCGCGUCUGUCAAAGGUCUUUUCUUUUUAUUUUUCGAACCUCUAUCCUACCUUUCAAAUUGUCUUUUUUUCUUGCCUGGGACACUCAAGACUGUCGUUGAAGCAAGCGGAACAUGAAGGGUAGGUCGUCGUACUCAGGCUUUCUUUUUUUUCUUUCCUUUCUAGGUGUACUCCUGCUGCGAAAGAAAGGCGCCACAA